AUGCCUAUUGCUAUCACACCUCCGGCUAUCACCGUCAAGGAGGCCCCUGGCCUACCCGCGGUUGGUGAGAACAAGAAGAGGAAGAUUAUGUGCUUUUCAGACUUCGAUGGCACCAUCUUCAUGCAGGAUACUGGUCACAUUCUCUUCGAUAACCAUGGCUGCGGCUCAUCGAAGCGCGAGAUUCUCGACGAGCAAAUCAAGACCGGCGAGCGAUCCUUCCGAGAUGUCUCUGAGGAGAUGUGGGGCUCCCUGAACGUCCCCUUCGAUGAUGGCUUCGAGGUCAUGGAACAAAACCUCGAAAUCGACCCUGACUUCCAGGGCUUCCAUGAGUUCUGCAUCAAGAACGAAAUUCCCUUCAACGUCAUCUCUGCCGGCCUGAAGCCCGUCCUUAGAAAGGUGCUCGACACCUUCCUUGGUGAGGAGCAAGCUGCGCACAUCGACAUCGUUGCCAACGAUGCAGAGAUUACCGAGGACGGCUCAGAAUGGAAGCCGAUCUGGCGUCACGACAACGAGCUUGGCCACGACAAGGCCAUUUCCAUGAAGGAGGCUCGCGCUGAGGCCGAGCUGCAGUGCGACGACGGCACAAUUCCCCUGAUCGUCUUCAUCGGCGAUGGCGUCUCAGAUCUUCCCGCCGCCCGCCAGGCUGAUGUGCUCUUCGCCCGUCGUGGUCUCCGUCUCGAGGAGUACUGCAUCGAGAACAAGAUCUCGUACAUCCCCUUCGACACCUUUGCCGACAUCCAGAAGGAGUUGACCAAGAUCAUGGAGGAGGACGAGGCCAAGACCCAGGGCAAGGGCGUGCCGGCACGCUUCAAUCCUCGCGCUAACAUGUGGCGCCGCGUCAGCAGCAAGACCGCUGUCCCGCGCUACAUCGUCAUGUCGCCGACGAAGGAGGAGAAGAUGUUCUUGUGGCCCGAGGCCUUCAGCGAGCUCAAGACCCCGAGUAUCGAGAAGACCCUCGAGGCUGUCGAGAACGCCAUUCCGGCCAUCCCGGCCGCUUAG